AUGGCAACAUUUAUUAUUGAUAUGGCUAGACUUGAUCCACAUAUUAUUCGAAUACAUAUUGAUCAAAUAACUGAUUUAUUAACAGCAGAAAGUCAUCAUAUUCGUGUUGCAGCUUUAACAGCAUUUUGUUCUGUUAUUGAAAAACUUCUUUUAUCAGAUGAUUUAGAUGAUGGACAAAGAAAAAUGCGUAGUGAUCUUUUACAAAUAUUACGUGAACAUGUAUUUGAUGUAACAGCUUUUGUUCGUCAACAUUGUUUACAAUUAUGGAUAUCAAUUGUACAACAAAAAAAAGAUUCAACUUGUGCAGUUCGAAAAGAUGCAGUAACACUUAUUAUGCAUAUGGUUCUUAAUAAUUUUUAUUUUGUUAUUAAUUCAACUCGAGCUCAAUUUGAAGAAAGACAAAAUGAUGCUGAAACACAACUAGAUGAACUUCGUACAGAACUUGAAAAAUUAAAUAAAAAUAAAAAUGAAGAAAAGAAAAUUGAAAAAAAAAUUCAAUCUGAUGAUGAUGAUGAAGAUAAAAGUAUUAAUGAUGAAAAUGAAAUGAAAGUUAAUAAUAAUCAAGAAGAAGAAAGUGAAAAAAAUAAUUCAAAUGAAGAUCAAUCACUUGGAGACACUCUAAAUCGAGUUAAAAUUGAAGAACAAAUAAUGCGAGUAGAAGAAAUUGUUAUUUUAUAUAAAGAUGGUCUUCGAUUUAUGGAUUUAAUUGAACAAGCAAAUCGACAUGUUGUUAAUUUACUUAAUUCUCCUACAUUAGGUAAUUGUAAACAAGUACUAGAUUUUUUUGUUAAUCUUCGUCGUUAUCGUCUUGUGUUGGCAAAUAUUGAGCAAAGUGUACGUUUAAUGUUUAGUCUUAUUUGGUCUCUUGAUAAAUCGAUUUGUGAAGCAAUUACACAAGCUUUUGUUAAAGUCUAUUUUGAUGUUGCACCAACUGUUCCUCCACCACGUAUUUCACUUCAUCAAGCUCGUGCAAUAAUUCGUGCACUUAAAGGUGCAACACUUUUUGAAGAAUUAUGUUUUGAAGAAAUUCUUAAACAAUUAAUAAAAGGAAAAAAAAUAGCAACUGAACCUAUAACUAAAGCUUUAUGGAAAUUUUAUAAAGCACCAUCAGAUGAUAAUACAUGUGUCAUUGCUGAAAAAAUUCUUUCAUUUAUUGUUGGAAAUGAAAUUAGUUCAAAAUUAAAUCAUAUAACAGAUCUUAUUCAAGCUAAAGAAAAAAAUCGUCGUUUUAUUGAGAAUGGUAUUAGACCAAAACAAUUUCGUUCACCAAAAAUUCAUCGUUUAUUUAAAAUACUUGCUAACAUUCUUGUUUCAAAUAAUAACGAAAAUAAAAAACUUGCUGCUAAAACAGGUGUUAAACUUGGUGGUUUAUUUAAAAUUUCAACAUCAUCUCAAUCACAAUCUUUAUCUAUUGAAUCAAUGGAUUUUCAAAAUAAAAAUUUCUCAUUUUUUUUUUUUAAGAAAUUUUAUUUAGAUGGUGGUAAUGAUAAUGAUCAAAAUCAAUUAUCACAACAUCAUUCUCAAACAAAUGAAAAUUCAGCAUUAAUCUCUGUUGAAAUUGUUUAUUAUAUUGAUUGUACAAUUAAAGAUGAACUUUUACGUCGUAAAGAAGCUAAACAAUCAUUAUCAGAUAAUAAAAAAUUACAACAAAAAACAAAUAAAUCAAAUAAAAAACGAACAAAAUGUAAAACAUUAGAUGAAGAUGAUGAAAAUCAAUCAACAUCAAUUAAUGAUACAAUUAAUAAUUCAUUAAAUCUUACUGGAAAAUUUAAAUAUUUUAAAUAA